AUCUUUGUCUCACCAAAGUGUUUCAUUUUUGUCACGCUUAAGUAAAGUAAUUUAAUGGUCACUUAGCUUUCAAGCCAAGGAGAAUUCGAUGAUUACUUGCUUGCCAUGCAAACUUUUACAUCUUCUCUGUAAAGCUCAAAUUUCUCAUGUUCUUGCCUUUUAAUUUUUAUCAUCAAGUUUUUGGAUCAAUUUCAAGAAAUGGCAUCUCUCAUACCUGGAGUUUUGCUAAAGCUUCUCCAAACAAUGAACUCAAACGUGAAAGUUCGCGGCGAACACCGAUCAGUCCUUCUGCAAGUAAUCAGCAUUGUGCCUGCAUUAUCUGGUUCUGAAUUAUGGCCUAACCAUGGUUUCUUCAUAAAAGUCUCAGAUUCUUCUCAUUCAACCUAUGUCUCACUCUCAAAACAAGACAAUGAGCUUAUUCUGAAUAACAAGUUGCAGCUUGGACAAUAUUUCUACGUGGAUCGGAUUGAGUCCGGUACACCGGUCCCAGUUCUUGUCGCGGUUAGGCCUAUUCCUGGUAGACACCCUUUUGAAGGUAAUCCUAAGGAUUUAAUGCAAAUGUUGGAGUCGUCAGAAGGAUGUAUAGUGCGUCCUGAUAACAAUGGAGUUAACAAUUCGAAGUCCGCGGAUAUAAUAGAAGCCAAAGAGAAUACAAGUUCAAGACAGAAGAUUGUUAUUAAAGAAGAAAAAGUUGGUGUUGCGUCAAGGUACAUGAAGGGUGUUCUAAAUCCAAAUACGAAAGUGAAUGUGGCAGAUACUAAUGUAGGAAGCAAAGGAAAUGAUUCGGAAAAUGGCGUAGAUGGUAAGAAAUCGGGAUCUAUAAAAGGAAAGCAACAAGAGAUUCAAGGUCAGGUACUCGCAACGACCUCAACUCGUACUCGAUUUGAAGUACUUUCAACGAAACAAGACACUGGUCAAUCAAACAUUCAGGAAACAAUCGUGGAACAUUCUAAAAGCAGUUCUAUCAAGCGCGGUUCUACUAAACAGGAAAAUUUGAACUCGAACUUUUUGUCCAAUACUCAAGAUAAAAGCAAUUACACGGAAGCGAUUUCUUGGUCCACUUUGCCAGCCAAACUUUUAAGGCCUGGAAAGGGUGUUCUUAGAAUGAAACAGCUAGCUUCUCAAGUUUUAAUAGAAGCUCAAAAAGAAGCAUCUGAAGCAGCAAAGAUAGUUAAGUGCUUAAGUAUGUUUGCAAAUAUAUGCUCUUCUGCCGCAUCAGAGAACCCGCACGUCACACUGGACAAGUUUUUCGCACUUCAACAGCUCAUGGACAAGCCAAACGGUACAACUCAGUCGAAAGCCAAAUCGCUUCAAUCAAAUAGCAUUCAAUCUCCUACAGAAAAACAUAAACAUAGCAAAAAAUCAGGUUUAGUGCCUGCUAAAAACACGUCGAAGUCUCCAAAACCCGUAAAGGAAUUAUCAGUAACCGAAAAACAAGAAUGGGCGAAAGAGAAUGGUAUGAAACAGAUCAAUGAGCUCAAAGAUGUCUUUUUGAAUGAAACAAGAUCAUGGUUCAUUAAGUACUUGGAAAAGACAUUGGAUGCAGGAUUUUCAAGGGUCUUCGAAGAGAAGGGCAAGGAAAGUAAGGCUAUUGGAGGAAGAGAAACGGCGCACGCCAACCACAUUGCGGUGACAUUGUCCCACCUUAAGCAUGCAAAUGAGUGGCUAGAAAAACUGAGAAGCAGUUUGAACUCGGAAAGCGAAGGACUGGUGGAGACUAUUGACAGAUUGAAGCAAAAAAUUUAUUCUUCCUUACUUGUACAUGUUGAUUCUGCAGCAUUUGCAUUGGAAAACCGAGGUUGAUUCUUGGACAAGAAACUGUUAUAAAAAAAACUAACUGUCAUGCUAUUUAUAAGUUAAAUUAUAUGUGCAAAAUGAUAUGUGUGUGAUGUUAUUUAUUUAUUUAUACAUAAAAAUAAAUAAGGGGACCUCUCCGACUCGAGCGAUAAGUCUCUACAGUUGUGCGCUAAAGAUAUGUGGUUUCUACCGAAAAAUAAAUAAGGGGAGGGAGGUUUUUAAGUAAAAUUACAUUUCCCAUAAAAAAUCAGGUGUGAAUGUAUGUAAAACUGACAUUUCAAAUUGAAUGUGUGUCAACGCAUGAUAUC